UUAGAAGGGGGGGUAAUAAUCCCCCCUUUUUUUUUAUAUCAAUAAAACCUCCUUCACUCAAAAAAAAUGUCUACUUUUCUUGAUUGUUCUACUGCAAAUGCUGUCUUGAAGGAAUAUGGUCGUAAUGAUGGCCUUUCCGUUGAAGCUUUGAUGGAUGAGCAACUCAGUGGUGGCUUGACUUAUAAUGAUUUCUUGAUCUUGCCUGGUUUUAUUGAUUUCUCUGCUGAUAAGGCUUCUUUGGAAUCAAAAAUCACAAAGAAUAUCACCUUGAAGACUCCUUUCCUUUCCUCUCCUAUGGAUACCGUUACUGAAGCCGAGAUGGCUAUUUCCAUGGCCUUGAUGGGUGGUAUUGGUAUUAUUCAUCACAACUGCUCCGCCGAAGAGCAAGCCAAGAUGGUUCGUACCGUCAAGAAAUUCGAAAAUGGUUUCAUCACUGACCCCGUCGUCUUGUCUGCUGACCACACUGUUGCCGAUGUUAAGGCUAUCAAGGCCAAAUCUGGUUUCUGUGGUGUUCCCAUUACAGAAAACGGCAAAUUGCACAGCAAAUUACUUGGUAUCGUUACUGCUCGUGAUAUUCAAUUCCACAAGGAUGACACUACUCCCUUGAGAGAUGUAAUGACAACUGACCUCGUUGUUGGCCGUGAAGGCAUUACUUUGAAGGAAGCCAACGAAAUCCUUUGCUCUUCCAAGAAGGGCAAGCUCCCUAUUGUCAAUGCUGAUGGUGCUCUCGUUGCCCUUUUGGCUCGCUCUGACUUGCUCAAGAACCAAAACUAUCCUAAUGCUUCCAAGGGCUCCAAAUCAAAGCAACUCUUGGUUGGUGCCGCCAUUGGUACUCGUCCUGAUGACAAGGAUCGUUUGACUCUCUUGGUCGAGGCUGGUCUCGAUGUCGUCGUCUUGGAUUCUUCUCAAGGUAACUCCAUCUAUCAAAUCGACAUGAUUCGCUGGAUCAAGCAAAACUACCCCAAGUUGGACGUUAUCGCCGGUAAUGUUGUCACUCGUGAACAGGCUGCCAACUUGAUCGAAGCUGGUGCUGAUGGUCUUCGUAUCGGUAUGGGCUCUGGCUCAAUCUGUAUUACACAAGAAGUUAUGGCCUGUGGUCGUCCUCAGGCUACUGCUGUCUACCGUGUGUCUGAAUUCGCUCGCAAAUUUGGUGUGCCUACUAUUGCUGAUGGUGGUAUCGCUAACGUCGGUCACAUCAUCAAGGCUCUCGCCUUGGGUGCAAGUGCUGUCAUGAUGGGUAGUCUCUUGGCCGGUACAACCGAAACUCCUGGUGAAUACUUUUAUCACGACGGUCAACGUUUGAAGCACUACCGUGGUAUGGGCUCCAUUGACGCUAUGAGCCAAAAGAGUGCUACCGGCAAGGACGGUAAUGCUGCCACCAAACGCUACUUUUCUGAAGGUGAUGCCGUCAAGGUUGCUCAAGGUGUUGUUGGUAAGGUCGUCGACAAGGGCUCUGCUCGUAAAUUCAUGCAAUACCUCAUCACUGGUGUUCAACACUCUUUACAAGACAUUGGUUGUCACAGCGUGAAUGAAAUGAAGGACAAGGUCUUUGCUGGUCAGGUUCGUUUUGAAAAGAGAACUGCUGCUGCCCAGAUGGAAGGUGGUGUUCACGGUCUUCAUUCUUUUGAAAAGAAAUUGUACAGUACUAAUUAAGCACAAUCCUUGUAAUAUAAAAAGCAUCAAUAAAUGAUAAUGCAUGUCUUCAUUUCACAUA